GCCACCAGGAUUGGACCAACCUCACUCCUCCAUCCGGUAUAUUCUAAAGUGAAAAACAAGAAAAUAAUAAACAGAAUCUUAGACAGCAAAAAUAAAAAUUUUGACAUCAAAAUGUAAAAUUCAUAUAUAAGAAUCAUUUGAAAUUUUUUGCACAUGAUCUACCCAUCAGUUAAAAGCAAAUACACCCACAUAAUCUCUUUUCAUAGAAAAAAUUUCCCAGUAGAGACUAUUUGCUGGUUUUUUUUUAAUUUUUUUUUUCCCUAGCAUAUUUCAUUAGACCAAAAACAACCGACAAGAAGGGAAUAUCAUUCCCCAAGUACAGAACAGCUUUGGAAGAACCACUUCCAAAAAACUGCAAGCAACAAUAACCUCCACCCCAAAAAAAAAAAAAAAAAAAAAAAAAAAAAAAAAAAAAAAUGAAAAAACCUCCACCAAACAAAAAGGAACAAGAUCCCAGCAAACUAGAAACAUUACCUUGCUACAAUAACAACAUUAAUGGCUCAAUCUCUUAUUCUUCCACCAAACAUGACUAUUUGCUGGUAUUUCCCUAUAGUGCUUUGGUCUUGUACCAAAAGUUGAUAUACCUAGACUCGUCAUUUCCAUUUACACUACUUCAACCUCUACAGAAGACCAAAAAAAAUAUAAAUAAAUAUAAAUAAAUAAAAAGAUGCCAAAACUGAAUGAGAGAGAAGUUAAUUUAUAAUACUAGUGUCAAGACAUAAACCUGAGUUUCUGACUAAAGAAGCCUGCACAAUGAAUUGUUACAGAACACUGAAGUUAACAGUGACCAAGUAUGGAGCCUUUUUGGGUCUGGUUUUCAUACAGACAUCUUAUGCUGGAAUGAUUUUGAUAUCUAAAGACGCGCUCAAUGAUGGGAUGAACCCUUUGGUGUUUGUUGCUUACAGACAAGCAAUUGCUUCAUUUAUAUUGGCACCCUUUGCUUUUGCAUUUGAAAGGAAGCAGUGUGCCUCUUUGACAUUCCCCAUCUUCUGCAAGAUUUUCCUUCUUGCUUUAUGUGGGCCAACAGCAAGCUUGGAUUUUUACUUCACCGGCCUCCGUUUCAGCUCAGCAACAGUUGCCAGUGCAAUUUUCAAUACUACUCCAAUUAUCACUUUUAUCAUAUCUAUCUUCUUGAGGAUGGAGCCCGUUGGUUGGAGCUCAAUCUAUGGUGGAUUAAAGAUCUCUGGAGUAGUCAUAGCUGUUGGAGGAGCCAUGGUGAUUAGCUUUUAUCAAGGUCCUCUACUGACACACCCUAACUGGCAUGGUCAUAAAGAAAGAAGUACGAGAACAUUUUCCAAUAACAAACUUACCAGCAGCACUAUGAACUUGAUUGAGGGUCCUAUUCUCAUCAUUCUUGCUGCUAUCGCUUGGUCAUUAUGGCUCAUCAUGCAGUCCAAGGUGCUCAAAGUUUAUCCAGCCCAACUAAGAUUGUCCACUCUGCAGUGUAUUUUGAGUUCCGCGCAGUCCACUGUGGCAGCAGCAGCCUUUGCAAGGAAUUUAAACUCAUGGAGGAUGGGGUGGAACAUUCAACUUGCUUCCCUUGCAUAUAGUGGUGUGCUUGUAACAGGGGUCACCUAUUGGCUGCAAAUUUGGUGCAUAGAGAAGAAAGGACCAUUCUAUGUAGCCAUGUUUACACCAUUGCAGUUGGUUAUCACGGCUGCCUUCUCAGUCAUCGUAUGGUCUGAGCCUUUCUACUUUGGAAGUUUAUUAGGUGGAAUUCUAAUUGUUGGAGGCCUUUACUGUGUCCUGUGGGGAAAGAGAAGGGAAGGCAAGCAACUGAUGCUCAAAAGUGAACCACCUGAAGUGAAGGCCCAUGAUGUUGAAAGAAGAUGCUAAUUGAUUCUUGCUUGUGUGUGAGUGAAAGUGUGUGCAGACAUGCUCUUUCACAUGCGGGGGAAACUGUUAUUCAUGUUUGAAACUCUCUGCCAUUUAAGUUCAAUUAGAAUAAAGGUUUUCCUUGUAUUUCAAAAUAUGUGACAUUUUAUUUGUAAUCCUAUAUAUUUCAGCCCUGUUGUUUAUUGUUC